AUGGACGAAGAUUUCACUUAUCACCAGAACCCUGACGGGACAUCCGGCUACUAUCAAGAUGCUACCGAUCAGGAGAGCCUCCCAAGCCAGAACCCGUGGUAUCUAGGGCAUUCGACAAGCGCAGGGUUGUACGGCGGGACUCCAGGCAGCACGUCUGGCUACCAAUACUUUCCAGGAUCUGUUCAGACUCCAUACGCUUGGCAAUCCGCGCCCGAACAAUACCUGAACCCUGACACUUCAUCGAAUACUCUUCUGACUGAAUCCUCUAUCGGACUCAACGCCCUGGACUUGGUCAGAUGGGAAGAUAUGGACAAGCCAUCACAAGAAAGGCUUCUCAAAUGGUACAGUUCGAAGGGUAUAGAUAAGGGUGAUGAGCACGAUUUCAACCUUCGAACUGCCUUGAAGGAGACCCUCAAGCGGGAACAGCAGAAUGUCCGCCUCCUGGACCAAAAUAUCCAUGUGAGAUACUGUGGAGAGUCGAUGAAGCGCGGCGAGGUGUGCCAGGCAGUUCUUGUGUUGCCAACGGAGAAGAGGAAGAGUUUGACUGCAGAGACGCUGCAAUGUCGCAGAUGCCUGCACCGGGAAAGACUCGCGCUAGAUCGCCAUUCAGAACUCCCUCGUAGCGUUCCUUCAAACAUCUUGGGCAAACCACAAGCCAUGUUAGAUCAGGGCGAUAGGAAGCUGACAUCAGAGGAGAAAUGUGUAAAGCCCAAGAUCAAGAAAUUGAGGCGCGCGAGGGAGAGGUUGCACCAUGGACAGGUGAAGCUGUGGGAGCGACAUUAUGAUUGCUACCGCUAA